UCAAUCUACAGGAAGAAAGAUUUGUAUACCAUUCAAAUACGUCACAAGUGUUUUGUAGCACCAAAUAUCUAAAGCUCGCGCCUGGACGGCUUUAUACAUCGUUCUCUUACGGUGCCCGGAUCUGAUUGGUUGUUUUUAAUGAUUGAAGGGUCGGUUUUAACCCUAAUAAGCUUUGUGGAGUACACUAAAGGAGGUUAGGUUCUUUCGUCAAUCACCGAGGAUCGUGAUUUCCUCAAGGCCAAGAACUACGUCAGCCAGACCACUACAUCAAGGACGGUAAUAAAAUACAAGUAUUAAGAACGACACAAUUCGGGUGCCAAAUGUAAAGGAACUUGUACACUUAAAAACGGGAUAGCAUCGAUAUCCGAAAUCAUUUGAUUCUUUUUUCAGUGAUUUGGUAAGGAGAAGUUGAGACCGUUCAAUAGCACAGGAAACUCAACAUACAGCUCUAAAAGAGACAAAAGCGAUACUUAGGAGCGAAAGUCUUGUUUCAUUAGAAGAACAACAGCAGAGACGAACAAGCCGAUCAGAAGGGAACAUAAACACUUAUAGCAUCUCAGCCUUUUGCGAAAAUGAGUAUGAGUAUUGGAAACUCGAUUGCUUUGGGGACACUUGGAUUCAUAAUCACAGUGGAAAGUCUAGUGGUUUGCUUUAUGGUUUACCGUUAUCGUAUUCUACGCACCUUCAAUAAUGGAUUUGUCGUGUCUUUAGUAUUGUCAGAUGUUCUCUUCGGUGCUGUUCUGCUGCCUGUCAUAAUCCACGACGCAACCUCUCUCGCAGCCGGUUUUUUGGUCGCAGUUAUCUUGAUGGCAAACGUUACCAAUAUGUUUGCUGUAACUUUGGACAGAUUUCUUGCAGUCAUGAAACCUCUUAUCUAUCACGUUACUAUGGCAAAGCAUUUUACCAAGAUUGUGAUGCUAGCAUGGGUAUUACCCAUAGGAAUCACCCUCAUACCAAUUGCAUACGACGGUGACCGUAGCGGAUCGGCGCACAAAAUAUAUCUCUUUGGAAUUCUUAUAAUUGGAAUUCUUAUCCCUUAUAUAUUUAUUCUUGUGGCAUACGUCAUGAUAUUUCGUGAAGUUUCGCGUCAGGUUCGAAAGCUAGCAAAGCUACAAAACCUUAGAUUUGAUCAAGAUGCCUUAAAGGAAGGCAAAAGAGUUACUGGAGAAGCAAGAAUGGCAAGAGUGUUUGCCCUAAUUGCAGGUAUCUUUGUUUUGACAUGGCUUCCAGUCGUGUACAUGACAACGGUCGAAGCUAUUGGCCUUGUAGAGACAUUAGUACCAGAGGUGUUGAUCACUAUAUCAUGGUACACUUUGUGUAUGGGUUCUAUAACAAAUGCCCCUAUUUAUGCUCUUUUCAAGUCUGACUUCCGUAAAGCCUUCCAAAAAAUGUUACGAUUGAGAAAAACUAGAUUCCAAUGCCUCCAGGAAACUUCGAGUUCCCUUCUACCUCAAACUUCAGAUCGAAGGACCAAAAGCACGAACGAUAAGCAUCAGCUUCACCCCCCAAAGUCUCCUAAAUCCCCGACUUCCAAGAAAUCUCCAUGCUCGCAAACGAGUCAACACUGAAGGAAGUUCUUUAAACCGAUACAUGCAUGGUGUGAAUAAAAGACCCUCGAGUAUUCGUUCAGCAGGUGUCCCAAGAAAAGACUAACGUUACAUUAAUUUCAUGGAGGUUUGAACGGUCCGAGAGAUCAACACCGGCGAUCAAUAAACUUCAAAUAUGAAGUAGCCGCUUUUUUAUUGAAUCAACUAUUGAGAGAGUCAUGGAUUUAAAUGCAAGAGUUGCCUGAGGUGGUUUUCAGCGCGAGGGCAAAAAGCUUGCAAAUGACAUGAAUCGUUUAUUUAGAUUCGAGCGCCUCGCAGCGCUAAGAGUCGUGAGCGUGUGGAUGCGGUUGGAUUCACAAACAACCAUUUCGCAAAAAAGAAUACUCGUUUUUAUACGCGUCUUACUAGUGGGAAUUACGCUAGUAGUUAUUUUUAACUUCCAUUCUUUAUGUUACUUAGAUUGGCAAGGUUUGGGAACAGCUGAUAACUAUAAUGAUUUGGCCGGAAUAUACCCUAAAAUUGUAACAUGUACAGUAUACAAAGUUCUUCAUUAAACUCAGUACAUCAUAUAUUCUAACUAAAUAUUCAACGUCUGGUUGUCUUUUAAUUGAUGUGGACUGGUAUUCACUAGUGAGUUGUUUUUGCGUGCGAGUGCACGAUGAUUUACCUGUACUUAAUAAAUCUAACCUAAAAUGAUCCGAACCAUAUAUUAAAACGCCAGAACUAAUCUUAUACCAGACUAAUAAGGUUAACGUAGCGACCCCAGACGUGAAUAAAGGGAGGUUUCAUAUAUAGCACACGUACGACUAUCUUGUUAAAACUUGGCUUUGCAAAACUAACCUAGGUACCAAUGGAGAAUUUUCGAUGAAACUUUAUCGGUCAAAAAUGUCAAAAACUUAAAACACUUUUCAUGGCAUAGAAAUAACAACGAGAAAUUAAGCCACUAAAAAGGAUAUAGAAUUUCCAUCCUACCUUAGCUGUAAAUAAUACGAGUAACUGGGUACAGAUGUUCGCUGUUGUGUUAAGAUGGACAGUGUUUUUGAAUAAAAUAUAAGCCACAUCACAAA